AUGUCUUCGUUUCUUUCUUGUCUCCUUCUCAUUUUCAUUUUCACUUUCACCUCUCAACUCAGCAUAGCAAAAUCAUUCCUACCCGUGUGUGAUAACAACAAAGGAAACUACACAAACAACAGCGUCUACCACACAAAUCUCAAAACCCUUUUAUCAACUCUCACUUCCAACACACAAAUCAAACACGGUUUCUACAAUUCCUCUUUUGGCAUAAACAGCGACAAAGUAAACGCAAUUGGUCUCUGCAGAGGAGAUAUCAAACCCAAUGAUUGUCAAAACUGUCUCAAAAAUUCAAGUGCCCUUCUAACACAAACUUGUCAAAACCAAAAAGAAGCAAUUGGUUGGUACGAUGAUGAGAUAUGCAUGCUACGUUAUUCAAGCCGUUCAAUAUUUGGUCUCAAUGAAACAAGACCUGUUUAUGUUGAAUGGAAUAUAAACAACGCAACAAAUGAAGAUGAGUUUAAUGCAAAGGUGAAGAAAUUGUUGGAUGGUUUGAGAAAGAGAGCUUCAUCAGGGGACAGUAACCUUAAAUAUGCUGUUGGGAGUGAUAAGGUUGGUGUGAAUAAUAAUGAUACAUUAUAUGGUCUUGUUCAAUGCACACCUGAUUUGUCUAAAACAUCUUGUGAUGAUUGUUUGCUUCAAUCUAUCAAACAAGUUCCAUAUUGUUGUAACAAUAAGAUAGGGGGUAGAGUUCUUAGACCUAGUUGUUAUUUGAGAUAUGAAACCAAUUCACUCUUCUAUCAAACCACAUCAUCACAAUCACCAUCACCGUCUCCAUCUUCAUCACCGUCGUCAUCACCAUCAUCCUCGCCGCCACCACCAUCUUCAUCGCCGUCGUCUUCGCCAUCACAAUCACCACCGUCACCGGUGCCACCACUCUCAGCUCCUCCUCCUUUUGCACAAAACAAUACAUCACCUCAACCUCAAGAUAAUAAGGGCAAUACGUCUAGAAAUGUCCUUCCUAAAAUCCCUUUGAUGUUGUUUUUAUUGUGGUCAAUGUUAUCAUCUUUUUGA